UGAGACUAAAUCCGAAAGACAUAACACAUAAUUCAGUUCAAAUUCAAAGGUUGUGUUGUGUGAAUUUGGAUUUGCAGUUACUCAGUUGCAGUGAUCAAUCCCAGUUCUGAGCGGUGUAUGUCCAAAGUUUGUAUUGUUGAAAUUAUAUAUCUUUACGUGAAAUAACAAAAGCGGUGCCGUGCUCCUGUAAUUUUUCUUUCUUUUCCCAGUUAUUGUCGAAGGUUUUUCGGUUCAGUAGAAAAAAAAGGGAACUUGUAUUCAAACUUCAUGGAGGUAUUCAAAAGGGCCAUACUACAGCCUGGGCCACCUGAAAAUUUUGCUUUGAAGACAGUCCAAGAAAUAAUAAAGCCUCAGAAACAAACGAAGUUGGUCCAAGAUGAGAAUCAAUUCCUAGAAAAUAUUUUACGUAUGCUGCUUCAGGAGUUUGUGUCAGCAGCAGCAUCUUCUGAGAAAAUAAUGCAAUUUGGGCAAUCCAUUGAUUCUAGUGGAACUACUCAGGGAUACAUUCCUCGCCUCCUUGAUAUUGUACUAUAUCUGUGUGAGAAAGACCACAUUGAAGGUGGAAUGAUUUUUCAGCUAUUGGAAGACUUGACAGAAAUGUCUACAAUGAAAAACUGCAAAGAUAUUUUUGGCUAUAUAGAGAGUAAACAAGACAUAUUGGGCAAACAUGAACUUUUUGCUCGAGGAAAACUUGUGAUGCUGAGAACCUGCAAUCAACUUCUUCGACGUCUGUCAAAGGCAAAUGACGUGGUCUUUUGUGGAAGAAUUCUCAUGUUUUUAGCUCAUUUCUUUCCAUUAUCAGAGCGGUCAGCUCUAAAUAUCAAAGGAGUUUUCAACACAUCAAACGAAACAAAAUUUGAAAAAGAACCUUUGGAAGGCAUAUGCAUUGAUUUCAAUUUUUAUCAGACUUUUUGGGGACUUCAGGAAUUUUUUUCUAACCCUGCUUCCGUAAGUCAUGCUCCGAUAAAGUGGCAGAAAUUCACAUCUAGUUUGUCGGUUGUAUUAAAUACAUUUGAAGCACAACCUUUGACUGAUGAAGAAGGAGAUGCUAAUAAUUUGGAGGAAGAGGCGGUUAAUUUUAGUAUAAAAUAUCUUACAAGCAGCAAACUAAUGGGUCUAGAGUUAAAGGAUCCAAGUUUUCGACGUCACGUUCUUGUACAGUGUCUUAUAUUAUUUGAUUACUUGAAGGCCCCUGGAAAAGGUGACAAGGAUUUGCCAUCUGAAAGCAUGAAAGAAGAGAUCAUAUCAUGCGAGGAACGUGUUAAAAAACUUCUUGAACUGACACCACCAAAAGGGUCAGAGUUUCUUCACAAAAUUGAGCAUAUAUUGGAACGAGAAAAGAAUUGGGUGUGGUGGAAGCGUGAUGGCUGCUUGCCAUAUGAAAAGCAACCUAUAGAUAAGAAAGCAGUACCAGAGGGAUCCAAGAAGCGUAGGCCAAGAUGGAGACUGGGAAAUAAAGAGUUAUCCCAGUUAUGGAAAUGGGCAGAUCAAAAUCCGAAUGCUUUAACUGAUCCUCAACGAGUUCAAACACCUUCAAUUAUGGAGUACUGGAAACCCUUGGCUGAAGAUAUGGACCCCUCCGCUGGAAUAGAAGCUGAAUAUCAUCACAAGAAUAACAGGGUUUAUUGUUGGAAAGGUCUCCGGCUUGCUGCUCGACAAGACUUGGAGGGGUUUUCUAAGUUUACUGAUCAUGGCAUUGAAGGGGUUGUCCCACUAGAGCUUUUGCCACCAGAUGUCCGAUCUAAAUACCAAGCUAAACCAAACGACAGAAGUAAACGUAGCAAAAAGGAAGAAACAAAAGGCUCUGCACAUCAAGUUGAGGAAAAUCAGAUUGCCACAACUGCAACUGAGAUGGAUGGGGAUGGCAUUCGAACAGAUAACACAGCAACGCCUAUGGAAUUUGAUGGUGCCAGUGUCCCUGGUACUCAAGGUGGAACCCCAACACCUGAAGAACUUCAGAAGCAUAGCUCAGACACUGAUGUAGGACAGGAAGCCGGCCAAUUAGAAGCAGAUGCUGAAGUUGAGGCUGGAAUCAUAGAUGGUGAGACAGAUGCAGAUGUUGAUUUAGAUACCGUUGGCUGAGGCCAGGCAAGUUUGCAGGUCGACAUGUUAAGGAUGAUGAACAUUGCGAGUGAUGUUGGCAUCAUGUUUUUUGGACAAAGAUAGCUACAACAUUAACCACCUGGCCAAGUUAAAUACACUUGCUGUUUUAAUUCUUCGAUAUUAGGAAGGACAUUAUGUAGACUUUUGGUUUGAAUGUCAUUUGAAAAUGGUUCUCUCAAAUGAAUAUGGCUCAAAAGAGGAAUGAAAUAUUGUAAAUCUGAGUUUUUCAUUAGUAUUCUCUGUGCAAUCAACA